UAAACAAUCUAUUUUAAUUCAUUGUAUGAAACGUUUAUGUGUCAUGACUGACAAUACAUGUCUGUUGCUGUUUUCGUUCAUUCACAAAAAAAAAAAAGGCGAAAGGAGGUGACGUAGUAACAGUGGUGGUUUUUGAGCGCUUUUGUCCCACUGUGCUUGCCAUAGUUUGGCUGCACUCUGGAUCGUCUUCUGCACACAAAUGAUUUCGUCGUAUAUAAUUUAUGUCAGUCACACUCUGCUUGUCCGCUUCCUUGCAACACAACUUGUUUCCUGACACUAGUGAGAGAAAUGUUAAAUAACAGCUUUGAUCGACGCUGAACUGCUCGAUAGACUGAGUGUAAGUGAUUUUCUGUUAGCUGUUUGUAGCCAUAGUUUGCAGUAGCAGGCACAACUUGAUAUGGGUCUGCUGUCUAACUCAACAGUAGCUGUGCUCCUCCUCACAUGUUUGUACAUCAACCACUUGUGCAUCCACCAGACCAGACUGGUUAGAUCAGACUCUGCAAGGCACAAUAACACUAAAGCACAUGCAAGACUUGGUAUUAAUCCAACAAAACUGCAGAAUAAUACAGUGGAAACAAGGGGAGUCCUCACAGAAAGCUCGAAAGAGACUGAUAUUUCCAGAGAUGAUAAAUGCACCGUGUCCCCAGAGAGCCGGUUUGAUUGUGCCAGGGACAGGCUUCUGAGCCAGGGAGAGUGUGAGGAGAGGGGGUGCUGCUAUGCCCCUCUGCCUGACUCUGCAGGACCACCUUGGUGCUUCUACCCCAGUUUGUACCCUGGCUACAAAAUGGGUCCCCUCACUCCCACCAUGCGAGGCAAGGAGGCCACCCUGAGCCGAGCCACCAGCUCACAUCUCCCCAGAGAAAUCUCCACGCUACACCUAGAAGUCACAGAAGAGACUGCAGGCUGCUUUCAUCUCACUUUAAAGGACCCAUCGUCUCAGCGAUAUGAAGUCAAACUUCCAGCUGGUGUUCCUCAGAGCAAAGCUGAUGCUCAGGAUGCCCUCUAUUCCACUGAAUACCAGUCGGACCCAUUUGGCUUCAUAGUGCGGCGCAAAUCCAAUGGAAGGGUGAUCAUGAAUACCACAGUCGCUCCUCUGCUGUUCGCUGACCAGUACCUGCAGCUGUCCACCGCGCUGGCAUCCUCCCUCGUGUCUGGUCUCGGGGAGCAUUACACCUCCCUCCUGCUGGACCUGAACUGGACUUCUCUGACUCUGUGGAACAGAGACAUGGCGCCUCAUGCUGAUGCUAACCUCUAUGGCUCCCACCCAUUCUACAUAGUACAGGAGGAGGAUGGCUUGGCACAUGGAGUUUUCCUUCUCAACAGCAAUGCCAUCGAAGUGAUGUUGCAGCCGACCCCGGCUCUCACCUGGGUGGCUAUCGGAGGAAUCCUGGACCUCUACGUUUUCUUGGGUCCUGACCCUCAAAGUGUUAUACGACAGUACCUUCAGGUCAUUGGCUAUCCUAUGAUGCCUCCCUAUUGGUCAUUGGGUUUUCAUCUGUGUCGCUGGGGUUACACAACCACUAUUACUACCCGACAUGUGGCACAACGCAUGCACAAUGCAGCAUUUCCCAUGGAUGUGCAGUGGAAUGAUCUGGACUAUGCAAAUAAGGGCAGGGUAUUCACCUUUGACCCCUGGCGAUUUGGGGACCUCCCAGAGAUGGUGGAGGAAUUCCAUGAAAGAGGCCUGAAGUACAUCCUGAUCCUGGACCCGGGGAUCAGCAGCACCAGCCCCCCUGGGACUUAUUCGCCCUUUGAUGAUGGACUGAAACGAGACGUCUUCAUUAAAAAUGCCACAGGACACAUCCUGAUAGGGAAGGUUUGGCCGGGCCCAACUGCCUUCCCCGACUUCACCAACCCAGAGACCAGGCGCUGGUGGGAGGACUGCAUCAGAGAUUUUCAUUCUAAAGUUCCUGUGGAUGGUCUGUGGAUUGAUAUGAAUGAACCAGCCAGUUUUGUGCAGGGCUCAGUGGAGGGCUGUCCUGACAGUGAUCUUGAGAACCCGCCCUACACACCCAGGGUGGUUGGGGGCCAGCUGAACUCGGGAACUCUUUGUAUGUCGGCUCAGCAGAAGCUGUCCACCCACUACAACCUGCACAAUAUGUACGGACUGACUGAAGCCUAUGCCACGCACAGUGCUCUCAUGAAGGUACGAGGGAAGAGACCCUUCGUCCUGUCUCGCUCCUCCUUCCCCGGCAUCGGACGCUUCUCUGGAGUUUGGACAGGAGACGUCAGGAGCGACUGGGAGCAGCUUCGAUACUCCAUCCCCGCGGUGCUGCAAUUCGGCCUGUUCGGCGUGCCCCUCGCGGGGGCGGACAUCUGUGGCUUUGGAGGGAACACCACCGAGGAGCUGUGUGUACGAUGGAUGCAGCUUGGGGCCUUCUACCCGUUUAUGAGAAACCACAAUGACAAACCAAACGCUCCUCAGGAGCCCUAUGUAUUUGGGCAGAAGGCCCAAGCAGCCAUGAGGAGUGCGUUGAACCUUCGUUACUCCCUUCUUCCUUUCCUCUACACACUCUUCCACCAUGCACACACUUCUGCUGCCACCGUGGCCAGGCCUCUCUUUAUGGAGUUUCCCACUGACGCUAACUGUCAGGCCAUAGACCGACAGUUCCUGUGGGGGAGUUCACUCCUCAUCAGCCCGGUCUUAGAGCAAGGGGUGGUAGAGCUGGCUGCUUACCUGCCCUCUGGCACUUGGUACAGCCUGCACAAUGGUCAACCUUUCUACAGUAAGGGUCAGUACCUGCUCCUGCCAGCACCUCUGGACACCAUCAACCUCCAUGUGAGGGAAGGACAUAUUAUCCCCCAGCAGGAGCCUGCUUUGACAACCGCCGUCUCGCGCAGAAACCCUUUCUUCCUGACCGUGGCACUGUCAGCAGGCGGCUGGGCCCGGGGCGACCUGUUCUGGGAUGACGGGGACACACUUAACACUUUCGAAAUGGGAAAUUAUUGUUACGUUAUCUUCACCGCUGGGCAGUCUCAGGUGGUGGGUGAUCCUCUCAGGCUGAAUGGGGCCCUGGAUGGUCUGGUGCUCGGGGGGCUGCAGGUGUUCGGGGUUCCCUCACCACCACUAUAUGUAUUAGCCAAUGGGGACAGAGUCAGGGAUUUCACGUACCGCAGUGACACCAAGGUUUUGACAGUGACCAGCAUUGCUUUGCCCAUGUCAGAGGUGUUUACAGUCCAAUGGGCUCUCUGAUGCAGCCUUUGCAUUUACUGCUGUAAAGAUCAGCUGCACUUUUCUGCACUCACACCAGCUGAUUUCUUUGAGCCAUGUCAACCAUCCUGGAGCUUGAGAUGCACGUUAUGCUUGCGUUGCCUCUUUUUUCCAAAUGAAAUGCUCUGUAAUUAGCAUGUUUUUAAAAACAAAGGGAGCCAUUAUCUUUACUUAUCUCAAUUUCUUGCAAGGUCGUUUUUGCUGCUAACUGCUACACCGAAUCAAGACCAUGUGAUGCUUUGUAAAUGUAUAUAACUUCUGAGACUGUUUAUACUUCUUUGUAUUUUUCUAAAAUCGUGUUUAUAUGUUAUUGUUACUGAAGUGCAUUAUAAAAAUAAAUGUAUCUACAGGGCUGAAUGUGAGAAAUAAUCAGAAGGUUUCAUUUGCUUAUUGUUUACUGAUAUUCUCCUAAGAUGUUGAAUAAACUGUUUCAUACUGUCUCUGAAAUGAGA